UUGCAGAGGCGGGAGAGAGAGUGAGAGAGAGAUCGAACAUACACACAUCAUCAAUGGCGUCUCUGCAACUCUGCGACGGCUAUCUCUUCUUCAAACCCUCUGUUUCUCCUCGGCUCCACUCUCAUCGUAUCUCUCAUCAUCGUCUUAUCACUAAGGCCUCCGCUUCUCCUCCUCCAUCAUCAUCGUCAUCAUCGUCGCCGUCUUCUUCUUCCUUAUCCUUGUCUUUCAGCCGGCGGGAGCUUUUGUACCAAUCUGCGGCAGUAUCACUCUCCCUUUCUUCCAUUGUCGGACCAGUAAAAGAAGCUAAAGCUGAUGAACAAUUAUCCGAAUGGGAAAGGGUGUUUCUCCCAAUCGAUCCCGGCGUUGUUCUUCUCGACAUUGCUUUCGUCCCCGACGAACCUAGCCGCGGGUUUUUAUUGGGAACGAGGCAGACUUUGUUAGAGACUAAAGACGGUGGAAACACUUGGAAUCCACGCUCGAUACCUUCAGCUGAAGAGGAAGAUUUCAAUUACAGAUUCAAUUCGAUUAGCUUUAAAGGUAAAGAAGGAUGGAUUAUAGGCAAGCCUGCUAUCUUGUUGUACACUGCUGAUGCUGGAGAGAAUUGGGAUAGGAUUCCUCUAAGUUCUCAGCUUCCUGGAGAUAUGGUGUUCAUAAAGGCGACAGACGAUAAGAGCGCAGAGAUGGUUACUGAUGAAGGUGCUAUUUAUGUUACUUCGAACAAGGGAUACAACUGGAAAGCUGCUAUUCAGGAAACUGUUUCAGCUACCUUGAACAGAACAGUAUCUAGUGGAAUCAGUGGUGCUAGUUACUACACGGGAACUUUCAGUGCUGUUAAUCGUUCACCAGAUGGAAGAUAUGUUGCUGUUUCGAGCCGUGGUAACUUCUUUCUAACAUGGGAGCCUGGGCAGCCUUACUGGCAACCACACAAUAGAGCUGUUGCCAGAAGAAUUCAAAACAUGGGAUGGAGAGCUGAUGGCGGUCUUUGGCUUCUUGUUCGAGGUGGAGGACUUUAUCUUAGCAAAGGCACUGGGAUAUCAGAGGAGUUUGACGAAGUUCCAGUACAGAGCCGAGGCUUUGGUAUUCUAGAUGUUGGGUAUCGCUCAGAGGAAGAAGCAUGGGCAGCAGGAGGCAGUGGAAUUCUACUGAGAACAAGAAAUGGAGGCAAGUCAUGGAACCGAGACAAAGCAGCUGAUAACAUCGCAGCUAACCUUUACGCGGUCAAAUUUGUGGAUGACAAGAAAGGGUUUGUGCUUGGCAACGAUGGAGUCUUACUCCGAUAUGUUGGAUGAGAGAAAUGCCAAAUAAGAAAGGUUAAUAAUUGAAAUGAUUUUGUUUCAAUCUUCUCUGUAAAGCCUUUUAACUGCGUUUUGAUACUACAAUACACUAUUGUAUACAUUUCCCCUUCAUAUAAAAUAUAUUAAAUCUUCUGAAAAAAAAA